AUGCAUGCCCGCAAUGCUGGACAUGCCGCAAUGUUCGGCACCAACGGUUUCGUCAAGGUUUCAGACCGAAACUGGGGCCGACCAGCCGCUUGUGAAGGCCUUCGGAAGAUUAGGUCCGAUCCAGUUCUGCCGAGGAUUGCGGAGGCCCGGGUUGUCGGCUCCAGUUCUGCGAGGAAAGCUUCUGUGGCGGAGACAGACAUUGGCUCAAUACCUCAGGCUUCUGCAGGUGCCAAGCGCGGAACGGUGUUCCGGCCUGUUGCUUCACUGCUCCCACCUGCGAGUGUGGAGGAGGUAACGAAUGCCGCUCUGGCCUCUAUCGAGGAUAUCAGAAGCUCCCUUGAUCAUUUCCAGGGGCGAUCCAGCGCGGACAAGGAAGCCAUUUGCGAUGAACCGUCGGAUCUUCGGGAGGAUCUUCGCCAUCGGCUCGCGCGAUACAGAUAUACACGGCGGAUUGAGCCGCCGCCACCUCCGCUGGCCAUGGAUCCAGCGUUCGAGCCUGCGCCGCCUCGACCCAUGCAAGCCGCUGCAGUGCAAGUCAUGUCCUCGAGCUGUCUUCGAAGCUUCCAGCCUCAGCGGAGACGUGCCCAACUAGCAGAACAAGCAGAGCACAGGAGACUCAGGCUCGAAUCUGCAAAAACCAAGCGCGAGCUGACGCACCAGGAACUGGAAGAGAAGACAAUGGCAGACAUGGACCGCUACAUCCAGCGAAUGGAGCAGUAUGAGCUGGAGAAGAACUCCAGCCGUGCAGGAGGCCAGGAGUCUUUUGUUGAAGCAGAACAGGGCCAGCUUCAAAGUCGCCUAACGACUGAUGCAGGUGCUAUGAAGCGUGAGCCGGGGUGA